AGAAAUCCAACAUGGACCUAGCAAAAGAGUGACUCAGGAAACCAGAUGGCACUAAUAAGAGCCUCAAGAACCUUAUCCCAAAAUCCAUAAUCCAAUCCUCCUCUAUCCAAUAUCUCAGCGCAAACCAAUUCCCUUCACAUAUCAACAAACUAAAACUUCCCACACCCAUUUAUCUGUUAGUUUUAUACUCUUGAACGAAAACACAGCUAAAGAGGAGUUCUCUGAAGUGUAAAACUAGGAAAAUAGUAGAGAGUGAAGAGCAGCUAGGAUGGCCUCCACUGCAUGCUUCUUGCACCACCAUGCACCCAUCACCGCAAGCAGAUCAUCAUCAUCAUCGCAGCGCCAAGUUGCAAACAUCAAGCCAAACCAGCUAGUUUGCAGGGCUCAGAAGCAGGCGGUACAAGAGGAUGAUCGAAGCCUUGUCUCCCGUAGGUUGGCUCUCACUGUGCUCAUUGGUGCUGCAGCUGUUGGCUCUAAGGUUUCUCCUGCUGAUGCAGCCUACGGUGAAGCUGCAAAUGUAUUUGGUAAGCCAAAAACAAACACAGACUUCUUACCAUACAAUGGGGAUGGGUUCAAGCUGUCAAUACCAUCAAAAUGGAGCCCAAGCAAGGAGGUUGAGUUCCCAGGUCAAGUCCUCAGAUACGAGGACAACUUCGACUCAAACACCAAUGUUGCCGUCAUGGUCACUCCAACUGACAAGAAGUCCAUAACUGACUUCGGUUCCCCUGAAGAAUUCCUCUUAAAGGUGGACUAUCUGCUUGGAAAACAAGUAUACGCUGGCGUAACUGAUGCUGAGGGUGGGUUUGACUCCAAUGCAGUGGCAACCGCAAACAUAUUGGAGAGUUCAACUCCGGUGGUUGGUGGGAAACAGUACUACUACUUGUCAGUGUUGACAAGAACUGCUGAUGGAGAUGAAGGUGGCAAGCACCAACUCAUUAUAGCCUCUGUAAAAGAUGGUAAGCUUUACAUUUGCAAGGCACAAGCUGGAGACAAGAGGUGGUUUAAGGGAGCUAGAAAGUUUGUAGAGAGCACUGCAAAUUCCUUCGGUGUUGCUUAAAAACUUAAUGAAUUGGAGAGAUUUCAUGUAAAUCUUCUGAGAAGUUAGGAUGUUAGAUUUGAGUUUGUCUAUCAUGAAUCAUCAACUCCCCUCCAAUGCUUCUCUUUUCUUUUUGGUCCUUUCGAGGAAACUUGUGGAUAUCUAAAUAAUUAAGGAGCAACCCUUCUGCCAUAUUACUCCUUUUAUCUCUUUAUAUCUCU